AUGAACCUGCUCUGGAAAACAUUCUCAGCAACUGCUCCUUUCUCCGCCCUUCACAGCAGCCCCCGUCGCAAAUCUCCUCCCAACAUAUCCGAGAUACUCGAGCUCAUAUUCUCUUACCUUGACGACUGCGCCAUCCGCCACUCCGUCGUCCUCGUCUGUCGCCAAUGGUAUCUCAUCAACCAAAACAGGCUCGCCCGGGAAGUCGUCUGGUACCAAAACUGGGACCCAUCAAGGAAGCAGCGCGCCCUCCACAUGCUACCCGGAGCUGCCCGUUUCUACUAUUGUCAUAUCGCUGGCGACGUGCUCACUGGGCAGAGGAUACCUCUCGAUGAGGAUCUCCUUCAUGCUCUUUACCUCCUCGAGCCCAAGCAUCAACAACAUCUGCGGGAGAGCGAGGGGCAGACCAGACUCUUUCCAGACACUGACAGCAGAUAUCACCACCUGAAAACAGAAAAAGCAACAGCAACAAAAAAGUCUGCACUGUACAUGGUCUCUUUUCUGAGGGAUAUGGAUGUCUAUUUGGGCAAGUCGACACAGAAGAGCCUCGAUGCAUUCGCUUUGCCGACGUCUCUCACCAAGUUGACCAUCAGGGCCAGUUUCCUCCACCGCGCGCAGUGCGACCUUGGCUCGCUUCUUCUAAAGUGCCCAUUACUGGAAGAAUUUUACGCAGAAGGUCAUGGCAUGCGUGAGGGCUCGGCAGUCGUGAUGAGUUUCUGGUGGCCAAAAGAGCGACGGGAACUUUACCCACGUCCGUUCUCGCUUCGAUCUCUAGUUCUCUCCAACAUCGCCUUUGCUCAACCUGAACUUGAGGUACUUUUAGGGCUCACGCCCAGCCUCAAGGAGCUCAAGCUGGUGGCGAUGAUGUUAUUCUACAACAAGAUGUCGUUUGACUGGACUCGACUGUUUGGAUCUUUGAAGGUGAACAACAUCACCCUCGACAAAGCGCACUUUUCGACUUUUGGAACCAGGAUGUCGGAAGUGGAGACCGAACUGCUUCUGAGAGAUGUUUAUCCAAAGGCGUCACUGGAACGAUCUCUCUGGGCCAUCGAUGUUACACCCCAGCUCCUUCAAGGAGUGAUCUUGCAGCCAAACACGCUGACGACUUUGGAGGUGUUGUGGAAGGCGACAUCACUGUCUACCUUUACUGAGGAACGCAUGGGAUCGGCUCUUGUUGUAGCGAACCAACUCGUCCACCAGUACCUUUGCGUCUCUCCGCAUCUUGUCCAUCUCACAACCCUCAAAGCCGAGGUACAACUGGAGGAUCUGGAUCUUUUCCACCGAGCAGGAUACACCAAUCUGGACAGACGACGAAACCCUACUCCAGAGGAAAUCAAUUCAGACAACUCGCCUCUUCCUGCAGCAGUCUGGGGCUGCCAAGGUCUUCGCACCCUCCACAUUGUGAUCCACGCCCCCAUCCCAUUUCAUCCUGUCCACAGUCGAAUCCUAUUCGGAUACAUCUCCCGUGUCUGCCCGGUUCUCGAGGAUCUUCAGAUCUCUAUUCCACAAGCUUGCCACGAUCCCUACGUUAGCGAACAAGAUUCCCCUGAGUAUUAUUUGCAGGUCAAGGGAGGCCUGUGCUUGCUCAGUCGAUUACAACGUUUGCGGAGACUCAAGAUCGUUUCGGAUCCUGAAUACACGAUCAAGAAGUGCGAGGACUGGGAUUUAAACUGGAUGCUUCCUUCGGAGUUUUUGUGCACCGUCGCAAGAGAGAAGAGACACAGGGAGAUUGCGAGCUGGAAUGAGUGGAGGAGAAAUGAAUACCAUAUGGAGUGGGUCCGAACACGUGUUUGGCGACCAAGGCGAAACGACGCCGACGACAAUAACCACCACAGUUCCUCUACGACGGACACACCCAUCUUGGAACAACUCCAGGAUCUAGGCCUCUUGCAGGAUGUGAAGGACAUGAUGUGUAGGGAGGGACCAGGAGCAUACCGACCGAUGUCAUCUCUCGAAAGAUUGUCGUUUAACUACCCGAUUUUGCUGCGACCAGAAGAGGAAUUGAAGCGUAUGUUUUCACAUAGCAAGAAGAAGAAAUAA